AUGGCUGCUGAUCCAAGUUGUACUAUUUGCGGCGCUGCGGUUGAAUCAUCCUCUCAUAUUUUCCGGGAUUGUAUUGAGGCUCGUUCAGUUUGGAACAUAGUAGUUAAACCUGAACUUAUUGAUGACUUCCUUUCCAUUGAUUUAGUGAACUGGAUUGAAACAAACUUACGCCACCCAACCUACUAUCCGAUAGAUGCUGAAAACUGGGAGAUCUUGUUUGGGUUGGUGAUUUGGAAUUUAUGGAUGCGCCGUAAUAGAAUGAUUUUUGACAGGGGUUUUAUGGUUGCAGACAGUGUUUUACAGCAAAGUAAGAGGCUGCUCAGAGAAACAGUGAGUGCUUUGAUGACUCAGGAAACUUGGACUGCACCUCGCCUUGCUCGUGUUAAUCGAAAUAUCCAAUGGAAACCUCCAUCUAUGGGUUAG